GAGGGGAUGUUCCCGCUCAGUCACUCCAGCAGUGAGGGAAGAAUGAGUGUGUGGGACUGCGUGUGCUGUCUGACUCUGAAUCUUCAGGAGCAGCUGCUUCUUCUGCAGUUUCUGAGCUGAGCUUAGUUUACUUUAGUUUACAGAGUGCUGAGCGUUUAACAUGGCUGUGAUUGUGCGUAGCUUUAUUGCAGUGGUCCUGCUGGCUUUGGGAACUACAGCAGCAAUGAUGCCGGACAACGGCACCCACAGCAUCGUGAGGACCUUCUCAGGCUUCUUCCUGACUGUCACUGAUGAGCCCUUUGAAUAUCUGGAUGUGCAGGAAGGCAGUGGGUCUGGUAUGGGCCUGGAACGUGAGCAGCACCUCCCAGUGGCCAAAGGACGCUACUAUAUCUCUAAAGAGGCCUCAGUGUUUCUCCAGAGUCGUCUGGCUACAGUUUUCGUGCCCACCAUCUACACCCUGGUCUUCCUUACCAGCGUGCCCCUUAACCUGCUGGCACUCGUGGCCUUUGUGCGUCGGGUGCGUCCCAAAAAGCCUGCAGCCAUCUACAUGAUGAACCUGGCGUGCGCCGACUUGCUGUUCGCUCUCCUGCUACCCUUCCGCAUCUCCUACCACUACGGGGGCCACGACUGGCAGUUCGGGGAGGGGCUGUGCCGCCUGGUCACCGCGGCUUUCUACUGCAACAUGUACUGCUCAGUGCUCCUGGUGACCGCCAUCAGCGUGGACCGCCUCGCCGCCGUCGUCUACCCAACAGACUCGCUCAUCUGGCGCACGCCUCGUAACGCGUGGGCCGUGUGCGCUGCCUCCUGGCUGCUCUCGAGUGCAGGGGUCUUCCCUUUACUCUUGUCCCAGCAGACACUGCGGGUGGCCAUGUUGGAGAUCACCACCUGCCACGACGUGUUGGAUGUUCGCCAGCUUCGUUCCUACUACGUCUACUUCUUCCCCAUCUUUGUCUCGGUCUUCUUCUUCAUCCCUUUCCUCCUCAGUGCCACAUGCUACUACCGCAUCAUCCGAGUUCUCUGCGGCGUAGCCAAGCGAGCUAAGCGCCACCGAGCCGUGCUUAUGGCGGCUACGGUGUUCGUGGUGUUUGCAGUGUGCUUCACUCCAGCUAACGUGAUCCUUGUGAUGCACUCGGUGCACGCGGCACGAGGUCUGGCCGACUCCUCCUACGCCGCCUACCUGCUGGCCAUGUGUGCAGGCAGUGCAAGCUGCAGCCUCGACCCCCUGCUGUACUAUUUCGGUUCGUCACGCUGUCACAAGGUGGCGCUCGACUUCUUCACGGGAAGGAGCAGGUGGAGGAGCGAGGCGGCAGCCGGGGCGACGGACAGCUCGCAGUCCACCAGGUCCAGCAAACUGGACACAUUCAAAAGCAACGCAGGUGGGCAGUACAGUAAGCUUGCGGCCUGAGCUGGACGAUGGAUUUUGGACCAUAUUAUGGACAGGAGAAAUAUGGGUCAACUUUGACCUGAGGUGCACUUAUUAUAUCAAAAGCAAAUGUCAAAAAAUAAUACAAAUCAAAUCUCAGACUCAGAUUUUAGGCAAUUCAAGAUAGGAUAUUCUGUCUGUUUUUUUUUUUCAAAUCCUCCAUUUCUUCAAUCCAAAAAGAGAAGACCUGUGAAAAGGGGAUAGCACUAAAGCAGUCUGCAGCAGGAUGCUACCUGCUGUCCAUAAGCUUCUAUUGCUGGUUAGCUACAUAAGCCUUGUAGCUCCAGUGCAAAGCUUUGUUCUUGCAGAAAACUGGGACAUCACUGUUUUAUCUUUUUUAGUUAAAAGCUUUGUAUUCUUUACAAAACCAAUAAUUUCAG